GAUGCUGUGGGCGAGUGGGAACUCAGUACUUGGAGGGAUUCCUAUGGAUGCAACGACUGUGAAUGGACGUGCACAUGCCUAUUCUAUUGUAGUCAUCACCUGCCAUGUCAGCAUUUGAUGUUCAUCGCUGAUCGUGUUCAUCGGUUCGAGUAUCUACCUGAGUCGGCCGUCCCGCAGCGGUGG